CAUCCAUCUCCUUUCCACCACGUCGAAUGCCUCGUCUUCGCCUGCCUCCAUUACCUAGCCCAUCACAAUGGAGCAAAUAUAUUCCACGCACAGGGCGCUAUUCCAACGAGGGAGCGGGAGCUCGUGAGCUUCUCCGGCGCACGGUUGUCGCCAGCAAGAAGCUCACGGACUCUUACGUCCGCGCCCUCGGCAUCAGGAAAGACGAGGUCAUUCUCGAGGCCUACCCGUCGCUUGGGCAGUUGACGCGGUCCCUCCUUGCUGGAGGAGUCGACACAACAUCUGCCGCCGACUGGGAGCAGGUCACACGUGAACAGGAGAUCGUAGGGCCACGCGCGGGCAAAGUCAAGCGGCGCAACAUCGACCAGUUCGACUACCCGGAGUGGGACGUGAGCAGUGUACCAGCCAACCCUGUUCCGAAGGGCGUGAAUGAGAAACACGCUGUCGUUCCGAAAGCAGUGGUUGCUAUCGAGCCACUCAUCACGCAGCUCAGCCGCGGGCUCGGAUUCGACCCAGACCUCGCGCCGUCGUCGUACUGGGACUACAAUGAUGCUAAGACGGAGGAGGAGCUCAAGAAGAUUGCGGAGAUGCGGGGGACUACGCCUGUUUACCCUUCUAUCCUGCAGAAGAACCUCUUGCUUUGUCCCGACUCUGUGUUCGAGUGGCACACCAUUCCGCGCGUCUUGGACAACCCGCUAGUCUGGGAGAAGCUUCCUGUGUACGACGAGAGCAAGGAGGGUGUCGAGUCGAGGAUGCGGCCGUGGGACGCCCCUCCCCCGCCGUUGUCGGUUGUUGCCACCAUGCCUGAGACUGUAUUGGGCGACCAGCUUAUCGCGCAGUGGGUGUCAAGCGCGAUCGGGGAACCAGGCAAGGAGAGGGGCUGGUUGUGGGCAUUCGGGCGAGUCCGCCUCGCCAUGUUCGUCCCAAAGACGCAGUACGACCGCCUGAUGGCAUCCCCUGGCGAGACGAUCCACUGCAAGCUCAGCGUCAUGGCGAACGCCCUCUUCCAAGUCCGCCCGCUCCCCCCGUACCACCAUGUGCCCGACGUCGACAAGCAAUCGACGAGGACGAACACUGACUAUGAAACGGCUCUGCGGGAAAGCGCGGGUGCCCGAGUCGGAAAGGGCGGCGUGAGGAUACGACAUGCGACACCCGCGCCUCCGCCCAUCGACGAGGUGACGGAGACACAUGUGGGCGACUUUUGGCCGCAGAACGGCCGACUCGUUGGCAGGUCGGCGAACGUCAAGGUGCCCGAGGACACGAAGCUGCCGCGCCCGCCCAUGCUCGGAGUCGAGCUUAUCCCACGCCUCGACUCGCCCAUCCGCCUCGACCAGCGCGAGGAGUGGGAAUUUGUCCUGCGGCACUGCUUCGUGCAGGAGGCCAGGCCGCUCUCGUUGGCCAUGCCCAAGCUCGGGUUCGGGGCAGAGAACCUCAUCCCCAAGAUCCGCGAAAGCGAGACAACCAGCAAAUAUGCUGGCCUGCCGUGCAACCCCGAGACGACGGUGCGGCACCUCACCAUCGAGCAGUGGCAGCGCAUCGUCGACGUCUUCGCCAAGUGGCCGUUCAAGCCCGAACUGCUGAUGCUCGACUCCCUCGACGACAACCGCCAAAUCGGCACCACUUAGCAUACUGUACAUGUAACCACUCUAUUGUUGGCUCUGCUGCUGCCGCGCGAUGAAGUCGCGGAUGCCUGUGCUGCCCAUUUUGGCGUCCUUGAGGAGCGCUUCCUCGACCGCACUGAGGUCGCGCGUGCUUCUCUUGUCGUGCGCAAACUCCGAGCUGAUCACAUCGAUCGCGAGCAUGUCGAGCACGCUCAGCCCCUUCUCCCCGCGCACGCGGUUGACCAUGUUGCCUCCGCUGAGCGUCUCCUUGCUGACGACGAGGAGGGAGAUUUCCGGGUCCCACGCAGUCGGGCCGAGGGCGUCCUGGAUUUCAACGACGUCGAGAACAAUGCCACGCGCUUCACCGCCACAGCGGCGCAGGAACGCUGUCGCAGCUCCGAGACGCGUGUCGAGGUUGUCAAGUACUGCAGCGUGGCUCUUGGUCGCGAGCAAUCGGUGGGCCAUGACGCCGACGAUGAGGCGCUGCUCCGUCGCGAACAGCGCCAUGUGC